UUCACGGCUAAAGCGCAGGAGAAGCUCGCAGCUCGGAGCUCAGGGAGAAGUGAGUAGCUCAGGGCUCACGGCGACACGGCGCUCACAGAGGCACCAGACUCUAUCUCGGAGGGGCAAGUUAAGAGGAACUUUGCUGCGCGACUUAGGGCUUGGUUGUCCAAUUACUUUGUCUCGAACAACUAAUACAGCAACAAACUUUGCGCGUUUUUGUUUUGUUUUUGCUCCUCAAUUUAGUUUUCGUUCCGAUUGCUGCUGUUAUCGCCAAUAGUUAUAUUUAUUAAUUCGCACGCGCGCACAACAAAUUAGGCAAAGAAGCGUUUGCAAGCGCUGAAAUCGGUGUCCAACCGCGCGUGCCAUUUGACGUGUAUCGCACAGAGUUUAAGGAGCACUGUGCUAGGCAGACAGACAUCGCUCGGGGGCCUCCAGACUUCCUCUCUCUUCUCUCUCUCCAUGUUGCGCUCCGUGCUGCAAACCAUCAUGACGGUGCUGGCCCUGCUCGUGCUGCUCACGACGAAUUCGGUAGUGAGCGGCGCAACGCCGGCCAGGGACUUGCGAAACGCGUCUCUGAGCGCCACCUCGGGAGGCUGUUGGACGUGCGGUUCUCAGCAGCAACAGCAACAACAGCAACAGCACGCGGGUGCCGACACAUCCCUGCUGACCGAGGCGGUCAAGAGACACAUCCUCGCUCGACUCCAGAUGCGAGAGCGGCCCAACAUCACGCAGCCCGUGCCACGGGCCACCAUGCUCAAUGCGUUACGCCGUCUGCAGGCUGGAGGGCAGCAUCAGCAGCAGCAUCAUCGUCAGCACCAGGCGACGCGUGGAAGCGACCCCAGCGAGCAGAACUCUGAGAUUAUUAGCUUCGCAGAGUCAGAUGGCGACUCUCCGUUGGAGCUGCAAUUCCACCUGGCGAGCGAGAUGGGCCGCCGCCUCCACGUGACCAACGCCGUGCUGUGGCUGCACCUGCGGCUGUCCGAGCCGAGGCGCCGAGUAUCGGUGACACUCGGCCUCAUGCAUCGCGGCGCCCUUAUGGACAGCUGGGUGCCGCUGGAGAAGCGUUUGACGCUGCACCGCAGCAGCUGGCACCGUCUGCCGGUGACGGAAGCCGUGCAGGCGGCGCUGGACGGGGGCCUGCGGCGAGUUUCCCUGCGAGUGUCGUGCCCCGAGUGCGUGCCAGCGGGCGUCGUUCCCGCGCUCCCGGACAGCGCCAACGACGCACAGAGGCCCUUCCUGGUGAUGAAGGCUCGGGAGGUGCGCAACAAGCGCCAGCUGCACAAGCGUGGCCUCGAGUGUGACGGCAGGACGUCGCUCUGCUGCCGCAAGCAGUUCUACAUCGACUUCCGCAGCAUCGGUUGGAACGACUGGAUUAUCGCGCCGCCCGGCUACUACGGGAACUUCUGCGAAGGGCAGUGCCCGGCAUACAUGGCGGGGACCCUGGGAACGGCGGCUUCGUUCCACAGCGCUGUCAUCAGCCGUUUGCGCGAUGCCAACCAGGUCAAUUCAGUGACCUCCUGUUGUAUCCCGACCCGCUUGAGUGCAAUGUCCAUGCUCUACUUCGACGAAGACCAGAACAUUGUGAAGAAGGACGUGCCCAACAUGAUUGUAGAAGAGUGCGGCUGUGUCUGACCCUUCUCUCCUGCCAGUCGCGACAACCAUAAACCCCUUUGUCCAGUGGGCUGUCCAUAAACAGAGUUGGAGGAAGGUGGGCGGAGUCGUAGAGGCAGUUGUGCAUCCCCUCUGUUUUGCGUUGUGUUUCCAUAUUUGCCCGUCUACGUGGGAAACACCUCGUGUUCAUGGUAUUGCGAUGGUGCUGAGCACCAUAUGGAAGUGGCAUAUGCUGGGCCUGUUUCAUAAUAUCUGGAUACGCCACUGACUAUAACUCAUGUCCACUCCAUAGCCAGCCCCUCUCCCUGCAAACUAGCCCUGCUCACCACAGACGUCCUAUGUUACUCCAACAAGGCGCUGCACGUUGACACUUGCAAGGUCCCAAUGCAUUCGACUUUUACUUAUUUAUAUUCAGCACUGUUGCCUGUAAAUGCUCUUCAACUGGACAGCGCUGUCCGCUUCCCUAUGUGCAGAUGCACUUAUUUUUGCCGCACGACUGUACUGUGCCGUACGUGUAAGCGUGUCUUUCCAUUCCGGAGCAAUGCUGCCAAAAGAUGCGGGUUGUCAUGGAGGUUGCAUGCGUCGAUGGGAUGGAUGGAAAGUGAUGGGUGUGACUUGGGUGGCUUUUAUGGAAUUAAUAAUUCGGUGGGCGAUGGAGGAGUGGAAAUGGUGACUAACGAAAAUCAAAAUGUGUUGGAAAAGGACAGACAAAAUGUGACGGAUGAGGUGAAUGGGUUCAUGAAUUGGGGCUUUGAAAUCUGGCUCGGACUGAAAAGACCACCCCACCAUUACGGCCGAACGCGUCACUCGUGCACUUAAAAAGAAAUCCGAAAAAAGAUUUGAACUAUCGGUGAGAUAUUAGUGCUGUGGAGACCUGCCGUCUAAACCAUGUUAUAAGAGAUUAUUGCUGUAUGUAUGUAAUUAUUUUAUAUACAACAUGGAAAAUACUUGAAAUGGUCUUUUGCUUGAAUGCAAGUGAAAAGAUUGUACCUUAUUGUAACGUUAAACGUUUGUGAUUUGCACUCAUGGCUUUGACGAUGACGGUCACUAUAUAUAAGCUGCCAAAUGUUUUAGUUUUUUUUGUCUUUAAUAAUGUUUUUAAA